CUGGAAGAUGGCCCAUCCCCCAGUGGUGCACCCCGAGCCUCUGUGCCCAGUGGGAUUGCAAACCUGGAGAAGAAGAUGAACGGUGGUACCCCAAGCCUCAGCUCCGGGCCUCUGGCCCAGAGGCAGAAUGGCCUUUGGACCACAGAGCCUAAAAGAGACACAAAGAGAAUGUCUACAAAAGAAGUCACCAUUAACGUGCCAGACAGCCUGCGGCAGAUGGACAGAAGUAACAGAAUCACCAAGAACUUCAUCAACUGACCAUGUCCUGAUGUAGGAGCAGAGGGACUUUGGGGAUCCCUUUGCAGUCCUGGAUGCCACCGGGGAACCUUGAAGUGGCUGCC